GUCGAUUCUGCCUACUCCAUCCUUCAUUUUCAAAAGGACGCUCCUCAGGAUUCAAUUCUGUGGAAAGAUUCCAUUGCUCAGGUGAGCAAAUGUGGGAUUAGAACUGAUGCAUGACUCAACAUCGCCUGGCUCAGCGCCUGGGCACGCUGUCAACAGCAGCCUUCUGCCGACACCAUAACUGGGCAUUGCUCAAUAGUCUUGCCAACGACAAGGACGUUACCUUCUCUUAUACAAAGCCUGACGCAACCUCCGACAACGCAGAUGUGCCAAUAGCUCACCAAGCGGGCGUCAAUUGCUUGACGAUUGACCAGCAUGAAGGUCGCUAUUUAAUUUCUGGAGGUGCCGACUCCACAAUCCGUCUGUGGGAUCUCGAGGAGCCUCAUGAAUCGUCAUCCACAUAUAAGCCUCUAACAACUCUCCCUCGUGGCGCACCCUCGUCACAUACACACUCACUCACCUCUCUCUCUAUCUACCCAUUCGACCCCACUCCAACCACUCUGAUAAGCACGAGUUAUGACAAGACGCUCAAACUCACAUCCAUCACGCCCAGCAACCUCACUCCCAUCCACACCUUUGAGCUAGACUUCAUCCCCUACGCACACGCACUUUCGCCUCUACCGGACUCGUCACCUUUGAUAGCUGUGGGCACAGCGCACCCGGCCAUUCGCCUUCUUGACCUUCGCUCUGGCCUGAGCACCCACUCUCUCUCCGGACCCAAUGGUGCAAUCUAUUCAUUGUGCUGGUCGCCACGCACCUCACACGUCCUUUGCUCCGGCAGCACUGACGGCAAGAUUUUGUUUUUCGACAUUCGCCGCGCCAACGCUUCUUUCGCCUCGCUGGACCUCGACGAUGCAGUUGGUAUCGUAGGCGAGAUUCCGUCCACCGGUCUAGGUGCACGCCCAAGCAGUCUCCAUCUUGAUUUCAAUGCGGUGGCACACAAUGGCCCAGUCACAAGUGUCCAAUGGACGCCGAGUGGCGACAAACUUGUCACAGUUGGUCACGACCAAAGAAUACGCAUCUGGGAUGCUGCAAGUGGUAGAAACGACCUCGUGCACUUUGGGCCCAGAAUACGCAACGAACGGCAAGGCGAGCUGAAGCCCUUAAUUUCACCACCUGGCACAUGUCUACCAGGACGCGAGAGCCUGUUUUGGCCGAAUGACGACGGCCGGGGUAUGAUCUUUCAACACCAUCUUCGAGAGGGCCACAUGCUCAAGAUCCUGCGGACAGAAGGAGUCAAAAUCGCCGAGGUACAAGCUUCCAACAAACGGGCUAGGACUGGCAUAGGAGGCAGUGGGACAAGUAAUAUCUCCAGACUGACGAGCGGAGGACGAAUCAACAGUAUGAUAUGGCGUGUUGGAGCACCGCUAGGCGAAGGGAUAGAGAUGUAUACGGCACACGGCGACGGACGGAUCUGUGCAUGGAAACCUGUUAUGAAAGACGAGGACUAUGAAGAAAUCGAUGCUGACGGGGAUCACGGAAUCAAGAAGCCAGCCAUAUGGACUGCUGGCAACGGGACUGAGGACAUCGAUGUUGCUGUAGACGAUGCCGAGCGAAGAAGGAAAAGAAAGAGAGAUCUUCUUGGAGAUCUCGUUCAAGGCCUAGCGAAGAAGCCGAUGCCUUUUUGAAGUUCCAUAAAAAAUCCCUAGGGCGAGAAUUUACGGUACAUCCACCAGUGCGGUUACUGGUACGAGUGAAAUGCUCACACGGACAAGUACAUUACAGCAGGCUCCGGUACUUGCUUUCAUAACGUCGUCAAGUUAUAUGGAGUAUCAAGGUAUCAAUCAGCCGGCGCUUCUCUGUCUCUCUCUUGACACUCUCAUGUCCAAGAUUUACGCCUCACGCGUUCAGUUCCUGCAACAGCUCUCGCACCUCGCCCAGAUUUCCCGGGCGCUCGUUAUAUAUUGCAGCAAUUAGACUCCCAUCGAUGUUUGGAAACUCUUUCUGUAACUGCGCCUGAUCUAGAUCGGCC